AUGGUCACCCAACAGUUGGUCAUCGUCGAGUCGACGGUGCACACAAGGCGGUGGGUAUGGUUCGACGAGUGGCGCACGUGGGAGCCAGUAUUCUUCCCUGUUGCCAUGCAGGGCGAGUGGCCGAUGUUCCCGCAGGUGUCUCAGGUCAAGCAGGAGCUCCUCAAGUCAUGGAGCUACCUCGGCGUCGCGUUCAAGGACUCGGACAGUGCCGCGAUCAAGGUGUUCAGCACCUACAGGACGGAGGAUUCGGUGGCGCUCAACGAGAUCAACGGCCCGAACGUGGACGACCACGUCGUCGGCAGCAACUCGAAGCAAAACAUCUCGAGCGGCCGCGGCCCACGCGGCAGCAUGGGCGACAAGAAGGACAAGAAACACAAGAUACCGGCCUCGGAGGACAAGAUGCAGCCCCAGUCCCAGAAGGACUUCCAGGACGCGUAA